UUUUUGAUUCAGACCUGCAUCAGAAUGACAGCGGCCGACAAAGCAUCCUUUUACGAGAACUUGAUCGCCGAAGCCAAAGCUGUGAUUGACGGCGAGCAUGAUGCUAUUGCCAAUCUGUCGAACGUGUCGUCGCUGGUCGCCCAUGCGCUGAACGGAUCGUCGCUGCAUGGCAAGAAGACGUACAACUGGGUCGGAUUCUACCUCAUGCGCAAGGGCGAGCUCGUGCUGGGGCCGUUCCAAGGCAAAGUCGCGUGCAUUCGCAUCAAGCCAGGCCGCGGCGUCUGCGGUGCCUCUGUCGUCCGCAAGGCAGCAGUGCUGGUCCCAAACGUCCAUCAUUUUGCAGAUCACAUUGCCUGCGAUAGCGCCAGCAAUUCCAAUUCCGAGCUCGUGUUGCCACUCUUUUCGCCCACCGGAGAUGUCAUUGGAGUGUUUGACCUCGACUGUGAGCAAGAGGACGGAUUCACCGAGGAAGACCAAGCUGGUCUUGAACCCAUCGUUCGAGCCCUUGAAAAAGAGUGCGAUUGGUCGAGCAUCUACUGAAAACAAAAAAAAAGAGCCCUUGUCUCUCCCAAUACAAUACAUCCCAUUGCCCCUAUUUGGUGCUCUUCAAUUACGGUUGGGAGAUGUGGCAAUCAAGAUGGUGAGAUCGUGGAGGGAGGCAGACGAACAAAGAU